AUGGAGCCGGGAAAUGAAGGUCAGUUGAAACCUGAUUCUGUGAUCGGGAGUGAUAAAUCACGGCAUCACAGUCGUAUAUUAUGUUCAAUAGACGCUUAUUGUUCGGAUGACAUUCAAAUUCGCAGUGAUAUUCGGAAUUUUUGAUGGCAUUUUGAUGCAAAGAUGACAUUUUAUUGUAGUUACAUUAAAAGAGAAAUGUCAAUUUAAAUAAAAUGGCAUCAUUUUGUUAUCUAUAUGUCACAAAACUAAAGAAUUUUAGUUAUUUUUGGUUUUGAAACUGUAAAGUUAUGUUUUCUAUACUAAAAGCAUAUUUAAAGUCAGCUAAAACGUUUAAAUAUAGUUUUAUUUACUAUAAAAACAGUUAUAAUACCAAGUCUUAUCUAAAGUCGUACAGUAUCCCUAACUAUAGCCCAACAAACGUGUGUCCAUGAUCUAUAGUGAUACCUUUUGUCUUGCCCGAUAUCUGAUCAGGAACCCAAAAGUUGUUUUGUUUUAUAUAACAUUACCUCACUUGUGUCUUUUCGAAGAUUUAUUUAUCUUUCACGUUCCGUUUUUUAUAGAAGGCACAUCCUUUAUUGCAAGGCCAGGCCGCGUCUCCAAGUCCAAUGGAAUAGUCGGGCUGAUAGAGAGAGAGUUAACCAUGCCCCGAGUGAUCGUCUCCCUUCUGCUCACCAUCCUCCUCUCCGUGUACGCGACAGAAGUGGCACGUAGCGUCAGAAUCCACGAUCCCGACCUUGUCACGAGUCCGGAGAGUUUGGAGUUGGUCAUAAAGGAGACUAAGCAGAUUACUCUGACGUUAAAGUAAGUUUUAAGCUUUCUUUCGCUUUGUGGCUAGUUUUUUUAAACUUUUUUUAAAACUAUUUGGCCUUAAACGGUCAAAUAUGUUAAUGUACUUAUUUUAUGUUCCUGUUUACUGUGAGCAAUUUAAAUUUUAUAUUUACUUUACAUUACAAAACUACAAAACACCUGCCACUAAAACCACUUUUUUAAAUUUUACAUACCGUAUUUUUAGAUUAAAAUAAAAAAUAUUUUAAUAGCCCAAGCCAACUUUUAUAAUUUCCCCUGCUUUCUAGACCGCCGUUUCACCCUAAAUGACAAUAUUUUUUAAACUUUCUUAUUUUUCAGCAAAAGCAUAACCGAUACUUUGCUAAUUACCUUCAAACCCAAGCCAUAUUACACGUUAUCACAAGAGUCUUUCAACAUAUCAAGUGCCAAUAAUGUUAUGCAUCUUAAUGUUACCGGUGAUUUCGUGGCUAGCAAGACUUUUGUCGAAUUGGCUAGCUGCAAAACGCAAAAUGGAGAAGACUGCCCUGUUAAGUAAGCUAUAUAAAAUUUCACAUAUCUUAAUAUUUUAAUAAAAGUUUAUCAAAAAGCAAGUUAAAAUGACCCAAUCUCCUCAUAACUCAAAUUCUACGCAAUUUUGGACCAAAAGAUAGAUUUAAAAAAACUAAUUUUUUAAAAUAAAAGUAUUUAUAAUUAGUUCAAAACAUAAUAUACCAUGUUUAUUUCAGUGCAACAAAGGUUUUCACUUCCGUUACAAUCAUGUACAGCUAUGUCAUGAAGUUCUUGAUAAUGGCAACCGGCUGGAUCUACUUUGUAGCCUGGAGUGUCUCCUUUUACCCCCAAAUCUGGCUAAACUUCCGUCGAAAGAGUGUAGAAGGUCUUAAUUUUGACUUCCUGUACCUGAAUAUCAUUGGCUUUACGUGUUACUCCAUCUACAAUGUGUUCAUGUUUUUCGACGAAGAAGUUCAAGAGCUGUACGAACUCGAGAAGCCCAGAAGUGUGAUUCCUGUGUUCCCCAACGAUGUAGUCUUUGCCCUUCAUGCAUUGGUGGCUUGUAUUAUCACCGGGUUACAGUGUUUUAUAUAUGAAGUAAGUUGGCUUUUCCAUUCAUGUCAUACCUUUCCUUACUGUGUCAUGCAUUGUAUUAAAUGAAUACUGUUAUAGGAAAAGUGACUGUACUUUAGUUCGUGAUAUCUUUACACGGAACUUGGGUAUUUGAUUACAAUGUUCUCUUAACCGGUUGUUACUGACCAGUAGUGCAAAUAAACUUUGUAAUCAAAUACCUACAACAAUAUCAAGUACACGCAACAGUAUUGUUAUCUCUGACUCAUUUUUGUACUAUUUUGAAAUCUUCAAAACACCAUUUUAAAACUUAUAAACCGUAUUCAUAACCAAUUUUUGUAGCGUGGACAACAAAGAAUCUCGUACAUUUGCUGGGGAUGGAGUUCGACGUUAAUAGCGAUUUCACUCGGAUGCCUAGGGGCUUCUUUGUUCAAGGCUAUCAACUGGCUUCAGUUCAUCAAUUACUUGUCGUAUAUUAAGUUGGCAGUAACGGCGAGCAAAUACCUGCCUCAAGCCAUCCUUAACUUCAAACGAAAAAGUACAGUAGGAUGGUCGAUUGGCAAUAUCUUGCUGGACUUUACUGGAGGUUCUAUGGACAUCUUGCAGAUGAUUCUACAGGCUGUGAAUACAGGUGAGAUAUUUUAAAAUUACCACUUACAAGUUAGAUAAAAUAUGCCUAAAAGCAUAUUAUUCAAACUAUUAGGUCGUUCACUUAAUUCUGCGUCCUCUGACGCUUUAAAAAAUAAGCAUACGCCAAUCCUUAUUCGAAUACGUCGAUGCCCUUUAUUCGAAUUUCAGACGAUUGGAGUGGAUUUACUGGAAACAAAGUCAAGUUCGGUCUGGGUAUAGUAUCCAUGGGAUUCGACGUACUGUUCAUUAUACAACACUACUGUUUAUAUAGACAUACGGAGGUAAGACUACUAUGUUACAACAAAAACUAACGUCUGAUUUCAGAGCUUCGAUCUGAAACCUACCAAACCGUCGGUAGUCACCGUGAAUACAGUAGAAGUAAUAGCGUGA